GGAAAAUGACGUUACAGAUCCUGAAUUAAAGUAACCUGGAAAGAAAUCGAAUAUGAAUAAGAAGAAGAGAAAGCAGGAACAAUUCCGGCGACUGAAAGAGGAAGAGACGAUCAGAAAGGAAAUCAGCAAAAAAAUUGAGACCGAUGAAACUUAUCAAGAGCAGAAGCAACGCGAGAAGGUGAAAUUAGCUGGAAAACAAUCACUUCCAUCUUUCGAUGUAAAAGUAGCAAUGGAAGCCUCAGGAACCAAAAAAGAGACUGGUGAGAAAAAAGUUAAACUUAAAGUCUCAACAGAAGUUAUUGAAUCGGGAGCAAGACCAAAGGAAAUAAAAAAGAACGAAAGAUCCAAAAAGACCAAAGUUAAGGAGGUAUAUGCUAAUGAUGGCAUCAGAGAAAACCCUCGAGAAAGUUGUAAAAAGUCUUCAAGCAAUCAGUCGUAUUCCUUUACGCCAGCUCAAAGAUUUAGCCCUGACUACGGCAAGAAUUUCAUCAAACAAGAGGAAUUACAAAAGAGUUUGCUGCCCCCUUCUUUAAAUAGAGUGGUUGAAGCUAAGUCCGGUAGCUCAGAUGGAGAUGAAUUUGUAGGUGCAUCGAGUGAAACAGAUCAUGGAUGGACAGCAGUUAAACCCAGGGGUCAGAAUAGAAGAUCAUCCAUCAAAACCAAAUUUCAAAGCGUCGGUCAAGAAAAUAAAGUACAGGAGUGGAGGAAACUUGAAAGUCAAUCGAAGUCUGGACGAGACUGGUCAUCUCUGCCACGAUCUACUGAAAUAUCACGAGGUUCCACACAUCCUUUCAAACGUAAUUCAGACACAUAUCAGGCAAGGAAAUCGUCAGUACACACUAAUGACACACCAAAAUCUCAGCGGCAGGGCAUGGAACAAAUUUCCCCACUGCAAAAUCUACAUUUUGAAACAAAUAAAGUAACAGGUGGUCAAAGAUUUGUCAAUGACACUUCAGUAAGAAUUGGAUCGCAAUCCACAAAGGCUUUGCCGAAUGGUGUCUUCCCUCUCUGCGCCCACUUUUUGCAAGAUAACAGAAAGGGAGCAUGUUAUAAGCAUCCAAGCCCUUGUCCCAAGUGUUCAAAGGAUUCUUAUAAACUUUUAUUUGGAGUUUGGAGAAGAACUGAAAAAGAAUGGCAGAUAAUGAGGCCCUAUCCAAAGGGUGUCAAAUUAAAAACUCCUUUUCGACUCUGUUGGCACUUCAGCAAUGGGGAGAAAUGUCCAAAGAAACCAUGCACAUUUGCACAUGGCCGGGAGGAACUAGAAUUCUGGACGUUUGCGAGAGAAUCAGAGAUUGGUACCUUUCGAAAGACUGGCACCGAUAAAAGACUUCAACAAGAGGUUGAACCUGAAGACAAUCCCAGGCCUCAGGAACUCAUUAAGGGGUCCUUGGUCUUUCGCCACACGACAGAAAAAAAGCUAAAGGCUUCUCGAAAAAGCGCAAACCCUGGGUAG